AUGGCGGCCUCCGUCAACAACAUGGCCGCUGCAUUCUCCACUCUUCGCAUCGCGGUACAUCCCGCUCCGGCGAUCACAGCCUCGCCCUACCCUCAGACGACGACAGCAUUCUCAUCCACGGCCGCCAGCUCCGGCGGCCUCACCAUCUCCGUCUCCUGGAAUCCCCACUCUUCCCUCCCUCGCUCCCGCCGCUCCUCACUCCUAUCUGUCUACGGACCGCCCGGCCCACGCCCUACGUCUUCCCUCCUCCGCGCCCCGGCACCGUUGCAGCGCCGCCGUGGCGUCAUCGCCAUCGGUGAAGGCCUCCCCUGUUCGACCCUCUCGUACCUCGAAGACGAUACUGUACGUACUACAUCCUCCGCAGAGCUCUCCCGAGGGAGAAAGAUCGUCAUCCUUGGCGUCCCUGCGGCCUUCGCUCCCCACCGAUGGUUUCCGGGUAAGUUGAGUGCAGAAGAAUUGGUCAAGAGAGCUGGCGAGAUGAAGAGGCGAGGUGCAUCGGUGGUAGCCUGUGUUUCCGUUAAUGACGUGUUCGUGAUGAGGGCUUGGGGGGAGAGAAUCGGCGCAUUUACUGCCUGGAAUGGGAGCGCUGGCGUGAUGAUGUUGUCUGAUCCUGAAGCUGGGAUGGCUCGGGCGAUGGGAUUAGCGGCAGAUUUUACUGGUGGAGUUGAGGGUUUUGGCUUGCGGUCAGAGACCUACUGCGUGGUAGCUGAUGAUGGAAUUGUGAAGGCUUUUUUCAGAGAAAAGAAUGGCGUUGGGUUUGAUCAUGUGAUCAAGGCGAUAUGA